AAAAAAAGAAAAGUUUGAAAAAUGGCAGACGAUAAAUCGCAAGAGGAACGGAAUUCCGUGAUACGUAAAAAAAUGUUGGACAUGCAGAAUAUAAAAGUAGAACCAAUGCCCGCGGAUUCUCCGUGGUUGAGACCAGCGCGAAUGACUUUCUAUCAGAAUGGAUCAAAAAAAGCCUGGGACUUAUCACGGGUUCAUGACAGCGUGGCGAUAAUAGUAUUCAACAUUACACGUAAAAAAUUAGUAUUCGUACGUCAAUUCCGUCCUGCAGCUUAUUUUGCAACACUGCCCGAAAAAUUUCAAGACAUCGACACCAGCAAGUAUCCAUUAGAACAAGGUCUGACCUUGGAACUGUGUGCUGGUAUAGUUGAUAAAGAUUUGCCGCUUAUCGAGAUUGCUAGUAUUGAAUUACGUGAAGAAUGCGGAUAUGAAGCACCACCAUCAGCUUUUACUCACAUCAUUACUUACCGUGAUAUUGCCAGUACGACUGCUAAGCGAGCUGUAUUUUACGUUGAAGUAACCGACGAAAUGCAUAAACAUCCUGGCGGAGGAGCUGAAUCGGAAGGGGAAUUAAUAGAAGUCGUAGAAAUGAGUCCACAGGAAGUUAACGAUUACAUUUCGUCAGGUGAAGUACAGAGUCCAUCAGCUUUUCUUUAUGGUGUUUUAUGGUUUCUAUCAAAUAAGAAAGACCGCUAUAGUUAGGCAAUUCAUUGAGGCAAAGGCACAUAUAUUUUUAAAUUAAAGUUUAAAAUUAAUUUUGUCUCAAUUUAAAUAAUAAAAUUAAUUUGUAUAAAU